ACUGUACGUAAACUGCGUGUGGAUUGGUCGGAAACGUCGGAAACGAAGUGCUGCGAAUAAUUCGUCGGUUUAUUCGCACUACAUCAGCAGCAGCAGACGAGUGUCACUGGCUCGGCUCGGACUUUUCGCCUCGAAUACCCACAAUACGAACCUCGUUUAAGUUGUCAAAAUGCUUCCGAAGGACAAGCCCAUCGUUACCACACCUAUCCGCGAGGUCCGAUACAUUGAAGAGAAAGCUCGCACCAGGAAAGCCCUUCGCGAGUACAUAAUCAAGGAGAGGUCGAACCCCUUCAGGCAGGCAGCCAAUAUGGGUGGUGGUUAUAUUCAAGAUCCAGCUUUCGUUCGUUAUGAAGCUUCUAAUAUCUUUACUGCGGAAAUGGCUCACUUUAAAUUCACAUGGCGAACUACUGGCUUCUUCCUUGGUUUUGUGAUUGGACCCAUGGUUGCCAUUGGUAUUGUCAGUGAAUAUUACCGGAGGGCUUUUGAUGCCAAGGUCCGACGGGGUGAAGUUUCCUAUUUUGAUCGUUUCAACAAGUUUACGUAGAAAAAUGAUUUACCAUGCGUUCUGUGUAGAAACCAUGUAUAUACUUUCAUGAACACCUUAUGUUUACUGUUACUAUUUUGCAACGUCAGCUGCUGAGUUUGCAGAAAUUUAUCUAAAUAAAAUUGAUAUCUUAUUUAAAAAAGAAGAAGUCUUUGAAUGUGAACGCGUGUGACAAACUUUAAAAGAGAAAAUAUGUAAAAAGAGACACUUUUAAUAUAUACAAACAAACAUG